AUGGAUUUCCAGGAAGACGUGGAUUUUCAGGAAGACGUAGAUUUUCAGGAAGACGUGGAUUUCCAGGAAGACAUGGAUUUCCAGGAAGACGUGGAUUUUCAGGAAGACGUAGAUUUUCAGGAAGACAUGGAUUUCCAGGAAGACCUGGAUUUUUUGGAAGACUUGGAUUUCUGGGAAGACGUGGAUUUCCAGGAAGACGUGGAUUUCCAGGAAGACGUGGAUUUCCAGGAAGACAUGGAUUUCCAGGAAGACGUGGAUUUCCAGGAAGACCUGGAUUUUGGGGGAAGACUUGGAUUUCCAGGAAGACAUGGAUUUCCAGGAAGACGUGGAUUUCCAGGAAGACAUGGAUUUUUAAGAAGACGUAGAUUUUCAGGAAGACGUGGAUUUCCAGGAAGAUGUGGAUUUUCAGGAAGACGUGGAUUUCCUGGGAAGACCUGUAUUUUUUGGGAAGACUUGGAUUUCCGGGAAGACGUGGAUUUCCAGGAAGACGUGGAUUUCCAGGAAGACGUGGAUUUUCAGGAAGACGUGGAUUUCCAGGAAGACCUGGAUUUUUGGAAGACUUGGAUUUCUGGGAAGACAUGGAUUUUUAAGAAGACGUAG